GCCGCCUGUUCGACGAAAUGCCUCCGCGGCGGGACGGCGCGGCGACGCCGACCACCUCGCCACCGCCGAGCCCCGGCGGCACGACCUCCGCUUCCAAGGGCGCGGGCGCGGGCGCGGCUCCCCCACCCUCGUCUCCGCACCCCGCCUCCAAGCGCCCGUCCGCUCCGGGUGGCAUCGGCACCGGCGAUGAGGCCGCUGCUACCCCGCCCUCGUCUCCACGCCGCGGCGGAAGCCCCCCCGUCGCCUCGCCAUCCCCAGCACCGGUCUCCUGCCCCGCGUCUCCACGGGUUCACUGCGGCGGCCGCGGAAGCCCCCCCACGGCCUCGCCACCCCCAGCAUCAGCUUCCUGCAACACCUCUCCCAGGGUUCGCGUCUCCCUUGUAGAGCUGGUGGCGACCGGCCACUGCAAGCCUGCGGCGGGCGCGCAUGAGGAGGGAGGGGAAGUGGAGAAGGCGAUGGAAGACCCCGUCGAGACGCCCGCGCUCUCUGACUCGGAGAAGCAGCUCUCAUCCGCUCCGGGUGGUACCGGUGCUGUCGCCGCCGCCGCCGCUGCUCCGCCCUCAACUCUUGAUGAGCGGGAGACACUCUUGAGGCGGACGCAUUACACUGUCCCGCAAGAUCAUGCAACACCGAGCAAAUGGGUGGGUGAUGUAGAUGCAGACUGGACAGACAGAAUGGCGGCGGUGCAGAGGAUGGAAGAUGGCUUGAGGUCCGAGACGUCCAGACUUAAAGCUAAAGAGAAGAAGGGGGAGGAGAAGGGGAAGGGGAAGGGGAAGGAGAAGGAGGAUGGGAAUGAGGAUAAUGAGCGGGAGCAGUGGGAAGGAGAACAUAAUCAUGCCUUUCUUGGGUCUGGAUUCUUUCCUUGGAAUGCAGAGCCAGCCAGGGAUGAUGCAUCGUCAGCGCUGAAGCAACAGCCAAAAUUAAUGCCCACUCCAUUGGACACACCCAAUCCUAUAAUACCUGAGAUUACAGCAAUGACUACGAGGACUUCCACGCUCAAGGGCAAGGUAUAUCAUUUUGAGUCUUGCUUGAUGCUUCUAAGGUCUGAAAGUCCAAAGACUUAUGGCAUAUGUUCUUUUCCCAGCCUUGGUCAGAUCACUUCUGAAAGCAAAGAUCCUGAGAUGGUGAAAAUUGGCCUCCGCGUUUUUACAAGAUCGAGCGAGAACUUGGAUGAGAGGAGGUUAUAUUCAACCAUUCAUGAAAUACUGAAAGCUGUAGUUGCUAAAUACAAUGCCAGUCAGCUUCUAACACAGCAAGAGCGCGUGAGAUGGGAGAUUAGAAAGAUACUGACAGAUCAGGCACAGAACUUUGGAAUUGCCAUUGAUGGUGUCUCCAUUGUAAGCCUGAGCUUUGAAAAGGUGUUUACUCAGGACAUUCAAGAGAAAGAGGUGACUACACAAGAAGAUGAGCAAGGUAACAGGACUACACAAGAAGCUGGGCAAGAUAACAGGAGUGCAAUGAUCAGGUCACAGGACGACGACCAUAUCUGGAACAAGAGGCAGAUUGGUUAUAUUUUUGAUCUAGGUACUGCGCUGGGCAUUGUAUUUUUGAUUCGACCCUGGUUGCCUAGUGGCUAUGAUCGUUGGAUAUUGGCUGCGUUUGCUGCCGUUUGGGGGAUGGGCAGCGUGGGCUUGCCCAUCGGAAUGUUUGGUACCUCCAGGUUUGAAAAAAAUUGCAGUCGGCAUGUAGGGCGAUUCAUCUCUCUUUCCUUCUCACUGCUGGUCCUCUAUGCCAUCUACAUCCUCACACUAAAUGUCGCCGGCACUCCACCAACCUCAUCUGUGUCGUCAUUUGGAAUCACCGACAGUGAUGGUGAUGGUGAUGGUGAUGGUGAUGCUGACUGGUGGACAACUGCUAGCUUCAUUGUGAUUGCGGCUCUAGUGGCAUUUGGACACCUAUGUUCCUGGAUAAGAGGGUGUUGUACAGGUGGUGACAGGGACAUGUUGCCUUAGAAUGUUGACAACAGUCUGGUGUAAUCCUGGCCAUGUCAGCUUUCUUUUUCCGAGCCCUGAGACGGGAAAGCAAGAAGUGUUUGUCUCGUCUACGGUAUUGAGAUGCUCGCUGGUCGCUGUGAUGAUCAAUGUAGAUUUUUGCCUUUGCUGCUGUUUGGCUGGUACAGGAAUACGGAUAUGCCGAGUUGCUGACACAAGCGCUCCAGGUCUUUUUGGGCCUUUGUAUAUGCGGUGCUUAUGCUGUUGAAGUGUUGAUACUCGUAGAAUAGAAUAGAAUGGAAUAGAAUAGAAUGUUUUUUUGGAAAGAGUAGAAGGGUUUCUGUGCAGUGUUGGAAUGCGUGAUGAGAGGUCGUUGGUGUGUUGUUUUGGAUCUCGGCCACUCACUGUGAUGUUGGGAGUAUGAUUUCCACCAUAUGUUGCGUGAAAUUGGUUUUGCAUUUUAA